CUUAGUCUCCGAGCAUCAGAGGAAGAAGUCCUUUCCUCCCCCAGCCAUCCUCUGGUAUAUGCGACAUGUGCAUGUGCUACGAGUUGUACAAAAGUAUUGCAGGGUGUUGUUUUUCAUCUCCUUCACAAAGUUCUUCUUCUGAAGACAUUCUAUAAGACGGAGACCCACGCAAUUGUAACCCUCAUUGUUGGGCGAAAGGUGGUUGGGGCACAGUUGGCUGCGAGGAAAGCAAGCGGUGGUUGGUGGCAGUAGCAGGCAACGAGUUCUUCAGAAGCUUGGUUUUUUAUCAUUUUUUUAAAGAGACUGUUCGUAUAUAUGCCCUGAGAGAGAACAACUUGUACGAUCAUCAUCAUCACCGGGUUUUUAACUGAGAGACACUCUCGUAGUAUUAUUAUUAAGAUGAGAGCAACAAGUUCCCAUCUGCAGUGAAACUAUAACAGAUCCUCAAGCGGAUCAUGUCGGAUUCCUGCUGAAUAAACCAAGUCGGUCCAUUUUUCAGCAUUUCAUUUUAAUGUUGUUGGACUGAACAAGAAGAGCAACAUUCGUAUAAUAUUGGUUUUUCAUCCGUAACGCAAGACGAGGAGAUUGUCAGUGUCGGCCAUAUUUUGGGAAUCAUCACAGCUCCCAGUUGUUGGAGACACCAUGAAGAUUUCAACUAACUCUGGUGGGACUGAUGUGCAGACCCAUUUAGAGUUCCUGUAACAUCCACAUACCAAUAAUUUUCCCACGAUUAAGCAGAUUGAGCAAUCUAUCUAUUUCAUGCUCAAAUGUUUCUGCUGAACUUUCAAUCCACAGCACAUCACUUUCAUCAAGCCCUUGAACAGAACAAUCCCAGCCUACUCCCAGAGAUCUUGAAGAAUCGUCACAUCGAUUGCAUGGAUAAGGACGGGUUUACUUUACUACAUAGGAGUGUUUUAGCAGAAAGAAUUGAAUUUGUCGAUAGGUUGAUAUCUUUGGGGGCAAGUGCUACUCUGGCUACACGAGACGGGUGGUCACCUUUCCAUUUAGCUGCUUUUACGGGGAACAGCGACAUUUUGAUACUUUUACUUAAAUCCAGCUCCGGUCACGACAACAGCUAGUCAACUCGUCCAUCACUUAUAAUUUCUAUAUAAGCAAUUGUAGUCUGUGGUUCAUUAUUAAUCAACAUGAUUAUUCAUCAUCAUCAUCAUCAUCACCAACUUCUAGUUCUUCGACGAAUCUAUUUAAGUAUUUAAAUAAUCUUGGUUUCAUACGUUUACUGCUGACAAAAGACUCGCAAAAAGAAGUUAAAUUAUAUUUAUUUAGAAUAGUAAAAUAUCAUGGAGAGGAGCAAUAAUAUAUUAGAUAUGUACAACCUGUGGCAUCAUCAUGAUCCAAAAUAUGACGCUCUCAGGUUCAUUCCUUAUGUACAAAGCUCAACGUGAAAGCAAAUCAUUAUUACUUAUGUUUUUCGGUAUGUUUUAUUCGUACACUGAGCGAAAUGGUUAUUAAAACGGAAAAAUAAAGUUUACCUGAGCUGAUUAAAAAGAAUUUGAUACAAAAAA